AUGAAAAAAAUUUUAUAGGAAAAAGUAAUAUAUAAUUAAAUAUUAAUUAGAUAGAUAAACAUUUGCAAAAUGCUAAACAAUUAGUGAAAACAGAUGUUCAUGAAGCAAUAAAAGAAUAUUAUAAAAUAUUAUUUCUAAACAAAAGUAAAUACAAUAAUUGAAUAGUUAGAUCAUUUAUAAAGUUAUUAAGAUUUAGCUUAAUUAUAUGUAAAAAUAGGAGAUUAUAGUCCAGCAAUAGCUUGCUUACAAUAUUCAUAUUCAGUGAAGCAAGAUAUUUUGGUAGAAGAUGAAUUAUAGGCAUUAAUAUUGUUAAAAGGACAAUCUUUAUUGGAAUAAGGAGAUGUAACUAAUUUUUUAGAAGGAACCGAAUUUGAAUAAUUUGGAUAUCUAAUAGAUUUUAGUGUACCUUCUCUUCAAAAGGCAUAUAGCUAUUUACUGACAAAUUACUUAAAUUAUACACUUUAAGAAGUUCAAAAAGUUAUAGCAAAUGAUCCUCUGAAUAUAAAUGCUUUAUUAUUAAGAGGUAAAUUAUAUUGGGCUUAAGGGAAAAUUGCAUAAGGAAAUUGUGAUUAUUGGAAAGUUCAUUGUAAAAAUUAAUUUUAAAUUCCCAAGCCAUGAAUCCAGAACUUUAAGAGAUAAAAGAAUUUAUAUUAUAUAUUACGCCUAAGAUAUAAAAAUUAACGAAUGAUGCAAAGUUGUAUUUAGUACAAAGGGAUAAUGAAAGAUGUAAAUUAAAUGUUGAUAAGGGAUUGGAAUUGGAUCCAAAUAAUGUUGAUUUAUUGUUGCUGAAUGCUUAUCUUUGUAGAAUUAACAUAAAAUAUGAUGUUUCUUUAAAUUUAUUGAAAAAAGCUUUUGAUUAAUAACCAACAAAUGAAGAUAUCAAAAAACAGUUAGCAAUAACAUAUAAUGAGAUGGCUUAGGUAAUGUUUGAAAAAGGAAAUUAUGAAGAUGCAUUGACAUUAUUAAAUGAAGCGUAUUAUAUUAAUAUUAUUUAUAAUGUUAGACUAACUUUUAAGCCACUUGAUUGGGGGAUUUUGGUUAACAGAGGAGAUGCAUUUAAAUAUUUAGGUAGACUAAAAGAAAGCAUUACUGAUUAUAAUAAAGCAUAUGAAAUUGAGAAAAAUGAGACUGUUGCAUAAAGAUUGGCAAUAAUUCAUCAUUCAUUUGGAGUUGAGUUUUUUAACAAAAAACAGUAUUAAUUAGCUUAUGAAUCAUUUGAUAAAGCUAUAAAAUUAGCGAAUUCAGUUGAUAUUCUUUUUAAGAGAGGAAAAUGCCUCUUGUAUCUUUAAAAUCCAUAAUUGGCUUUGAAAGACUUUGAAAAAGUAAUCUAAAUGGAUCCAAAUCACUAUGAAGCAUCCACAUUAGUUAGAUAAAUGACUAGUAGUACCACAAGAUGA